CUUUCCCCUCCAGCUGAGGAAGAGAAGGGUGGGAACCUCUCUGGGGCAUAUUUAUUAUCCCCCCCCAAAUCAACUUUUUUCCUCCCCCUCAAAAUCACCUGCCACAACUCUGUGCUUUGGAAGAUGCUUCUCGCUUUAAUCCUCCUGCAGGGUUUUUCCCAUGCCCUGGCUGCAAAUCAUGGGUCCCACUGGACAUAUAAAGGCCCCCACGGCCAGGCGCACUGGUCAAAUGACUACCCGGACUGCGGGGGGCAGGCCCAGUCCCCCAUUGAUAUCCAGACCAAGUCUGUGCAGCACGACCCGGCCCUGCCGCCUAUCGAGCCCCAGGGAUACCGGAGCCCUGGGGACGGGGCCUUCACCCUCCUCAACAACGGGCACACAGUGGAGAUGUCCCUGCCCCCGUCCAUGUUCCUCCGGGGGCUUCCGCAGACCUAUGCGGCCGUCCAGCUGCACUUCCACUGGGGCAGCAGGGGGCAGGCCGGCGGGUCAGAGCAUCAGGUGAACGGGGAGGCUUUCCCUGCCGAGCUGCACAUUGUGCAUUACAACUCGGAGAGCUACGCCAACAUCAGCGAGGCCAAGCAGCGGGCGGACAGCCUGGCCGUGCUGGGCAUCCUCAUCGAGGUCGGCGACGUGGCCAACCCUGCCUAUGACAACAUCUUCGAUCGGCUGAAGAACAUCCAGUAUGUAGGUCAGAAAGUCUCCAUCCCGCCCUUCAACGUUCAUGAGCUGCUGCCCGGGCAGCUAGGUCACUAUUUCCGCUAUAACGGCUCCCUGACCACACCGCCCUGUUCCCAGAACGUGCUCUGGACCGUCUUCCACCAGCGGGUGCGGAUUUCCGCCUCCCAGCUGGAGAGGCUGCAGGUGGGGCUGUACUCUACCAAAGCUGCCAACUCUUUGCCUGUGCCUCUGGUGGACAAUUACCGAGCCCCUCAGCCGCUGAACCAGAGGGUGGUGUUCUCCUCCUUCCCCGUGGGACGUCACCCUCUCAUUAAGACUUCGGCUGCUACCUACCCCCCCAGACCCCAGCCCAAUUGCAGCAACCAGUUUAUGGAGCGAUGCCCCAAGCUAUAUCCAGGUCCCUCAGCCUACUCUGCAGGUGAAAUCGUUGCCAUCGUUUUUGGGACCCUCUUCGGCUGUCUCAGCAUCUUUCUCACCAUCCACUUUGUGGUGAAGAGAAUACAAACGAAGAGGAUCCGGGAGCAAAAGGACGUUGUGUUCAAAUCCUCUUCCAGCCGCGCAGUGUCAGGCGACAGCCACCGCCCCUGAACCCCACAACUUGCCCCGACUCCUCUGCCUCGGCCCCCGUGGGGCAGCGACACAGACACCCCCGGGGCCGGCAGGCCUGGAGACGCGCUAGGCAGUCUAGCUGUAGGAGUAACGCCCAUGCAGCCUCAGGAGGUUUCCCUUAGGGGGUUACCUCCCACCCAGUCUGGGGAGGGCACACACAGCCGCCCCCCCAGGCACCGGGGCCCAUCCUGCCUGGGGCUGGGAGUGACUCACAGCUGUUCCCAUUGGCUGCCUGCUGGGUGGCAUCUGUGAGACGAGUCGGUGGGUCUCAGCCCAGUCCCCGUCACACAGCACAACACAAGCCCCCGUCACACCAACCCACCAGCAGGGCUGGUACUAACCGGACCCCUUGCCAGCAGCCCAGAGGUCUUGCAUACUAACCCCUCCACCCCAGUGUACCUCUGCCUCAAGGCCAGGGCCCCUGAGCAGGGCAGUGGGGGCUGGGGAGGGGAAGUUUGCUGUGCUGCUUACCUGGGCUGUACCUGCUCUGUGGUUUAAUUGGGUGUCAACCAUACAUCUCUUGCCCGCAAUGAACCCCCCAGCGCAGCCUGGCAAAGCAGCAAUGCGGCGUGAGGGCACCGUGCGUGACACACUGCCAUUCUCCCUGAUGCUGGCGUGUUGCAAUGCAGAGCGGGUGUGGUGCAUGGCACAAGGAUGCUGUCUUCCCUGACACUGCAGCUCGCGGAUCUAACCUCCCCAGGCUGAGCGAAUCCAGCAGCCCUCGCCCUGUGCCAGUCCCAUCUAUGUCCCUGCCCCCGGGCUGUCAAUGCACCAGGGAGAGGUAGCAUCUCUGGUGCUUUGCAGCCUGCUAGCAAACGCAGCAGUUCGGGGCAGACAGGGUUGUUCCCCCGAUGCUGGUCUGGACACAGUGGUUCUAACUGGAAAUAAAACGCCUUCUCAGGCCUACCACAGAAGAGCCCCGAUUCGCUUUGCUCUGCUGGGAUUCAGGGCCAGCUCCUCAGCGGGACCAGCAUAGCUCCGGGGCUCCCUGUUCUCCACCACUGCACACCGCAGUGUGAACUCAGGCCCCGAUCCUCAAAUUGAGGCUCCUAAAUUCUACUGAUUUCAAAGGCUGUUGGGAGCCUAAUUUACUUUGAGGACCUAGGCCAGGAAAGGUCACACAGGGCCAGUGGGAGAACCAGGAAUUAGCCUAGGAGAUCUGGGUUUAUCUCCCUAACCACUGGACCAUCCUUCCUGGAGGCUGUCCCUAACCAGCCAUUUGGAAGGUGCCAGCAUUUCUAGGAGUUGGAUGCAAGCCUCUCUGAGCAUCAGGGCUUGUCUACACACAAAAGCUAAUCCGGAAUGAGGGCGGGUCUGAAUUGAAAGCGGAUUAACUAUUCCUGGUUAACUCCAUGUGAGGACGCCCUUAAACCAGAAUAAGAGUGCCUUAUUCUGAAUUGGCUUAAUCCAAAAUGGAUUCUGUUCUGGAAUUACUCACCCCACAGACAAGCCCUCGCAGAGACCUGAACUUUUACCAAGAAAUUUGGCAGCAAUGUUUGCAGCCCCGGUUGUUCUUCACGCAGGCCCAGAAUGAGUCUGUUUCCCCUCCGGCAGGGAAGAGAUUCAUCAAAGGCAAAUGGAUCCUGAAAAAAACACUCCUGGAUGAAAACCCUUGUUAAAAAAUAAAAGCAAGCG